AGGAAAGAGACAUUGUGGUUGGGAGACAUGGAGCUUGCGGACGUUUUUGUCCCACUGAGUUUCAGCUCGGCGCUCGGCGGUCUGCUGGUGCUGCUGCUGAUCUAUGUCGUCUCCUCUUCGGCUUCCAGCUCGCAGGAGUCCCGCAGGGAGCCUCCAGGGCCCAGGCCGCUCCCCUUGCUGGGGAAUCUGCUCCAGCUGGACCUCCGUAGACCACAUUGGACCCUCACGGAGAUGUCCAAGAAGUAUGGACCAGUCUUCACCUUCCACAUGGGGCCCAACAAGGUGGUGGUCCUGGCUGGCUACAAGACAGUGAAGGAGGCACUGGUCACGUACGCCGAAGACUUUGGAGAGAGAGAACCUCUGACCACCACCAAGGAGUCCAAGCUGGAGUAUGGUGUCAUAUGGAGCAACGGUGACUCAUGGAAGGAGAUGAGACGCUUCGCUUUGACCAACCUGAGAGACUUUGGAAUGGGCAAGAAGGCGUGUGAGGACAAGAUCAUUGAGGAAAGCCAACACCUCAUGGAGGUCUUCACCAACCACAAAGGGGAAGCGUUCGACAACAACCAGAUCAUCAACUACGCUGUGUCCAACAUCAUCUGCUCUCUGGUGUUUGGCAGCAGGUUCCGCUACGACGACCCCGUCUUUGUUGCCAUGGUGCACCGCGCCAGCAAGGGCAUCCAGCUUUUGGGAGCUCCAACCAUGCAGUUGUACAACAUAUUCCCGUGGUUAGGAAAGUGGUUCUUCUCAGUGAGAGAGGAGCUCCGCAGUCUGGGAGCCGCCAAACGCAAGAUGGCCAUGGAGCUGGUCCAGGGCCUGAAGGAGACGCUCAACCCACACGCCAGCAGAGGCCUAGUGGACGCCUUCCUUAUUCGCCAGCAGCAUCAGGAGGAGUCCGGGGACUUGGGUCACUUCCACAAUUCAAACCUGAUGAUGACAGUGUCCAACCUGUUUGCUGCUGGCACAGAAACCACCUCAACCACACUCAGAUGGGGACUUCUUCUCAUGGCCAAGUACCCAAAGAUACAAGAACAGGUCCGUCAGGAGUUGAACAGCGUGAUCGGGGAUCGACAGGUCCAGGUGGAGGACAGGAAGAACCUGCCCUUCACGGACGCUGUCAUCCACGAGACCCAGAGGGUGGGCAACAUCGUCCCCAUGGCGCUUCCUCACAGGACCAGUCGGGAUGUCACCUUCCAGGGUCACUUCAUCAAGAAGGGGACGACGGUGCAUCCUCUCCUCAUGUCCGUCCUCUACGACGAGGACGAGUGGGAGAAGCCGCACUCCUUCCAUCCCGCACACUUCCUGGACAAAGACGGGAACUUCUUCAAGCGAGAUGCCUUCAUGCCUUUCUCUGCAGGUCGCAGGGUCUGUCUGGGAGAAAGUCUGGCCAAAAUGGAGCUUUUCAUCUUCUUCACCACACUCAUACAGCACUUCCGCUUCACCCCUCCCCCGGGGGUCUCAGAGGACCAACUGGACCUGACCCCGCGACUGGGCGGCACCCUCAGCCCCGUGCCCCACAAACUGUGUGCUGUCUCGUGCAUGUGAGGUUAGAUUGCGAGCACUUUCUGUUGUUUGCAAUCAUCUCAUAGGGUUUUACUCUUGAAAGUAUAAAUGCGUAAGACCGCUAAUAUUACUGACACAAAUAAUUGUGCUAUGGAG